CCGUAUACCGUGGUACUCAGGCGGAACCGUUAACCAUAUAAAGGAAAGAAGAAGACUGGCAUAGACACACCCUUCAAAUGUCACUCUUUUUGUUGUUUGAACAUAGUAGACAAAUUUAACAAUCAACGACAUUAGUCAUCGUCCAUUAUUAUUUCGUGACAUUCCAAUAAGUGUUACUAUAUUUCAAGUAAACCAAUUGUCAAUUUAGGAUUUAUAUUGCGUCGGUUUUGGGUGUACCGCUGGCAUUCACCAUGUCGGAACAACAAAUGGACUGUGCGUUGGAUCUCAUGAGACGCUUACCUCCGCAGCAGAUUGAAAAAAAUCUCAGUGAUUUAAUAGACCUUGUACCAACUUUGUGUGAAGACUUAUUGUCCUCCGUUGACCAGCCUUUAAAAAUAGCCAAGGACAAAGAAUCUGGUAAAGAUUACCUUUUAUGUGAUUACAAUCGAGAUGGAGAUUCAUACAGGUCACCAUGGAGCAACACGUACGAUCCACCUUUGGAAGAUGGAUCGAUGCCUUCUGAAAGGCUAAGGAAAUUGGAGAUAGAUGCCAAUCAUGCAUUUGACCAGUACCGCGAAUUGUACUUUGAAGGUGGUGUAUCCUCGGUUUAUUUAUGGGACCUGGAUCAUGGUUUUGCAGGAGUAAUACUAAUAAAAAAAGCAGGCGAUGGUUCAAAGAAGAUAAAAGGCUGUUGGGAUUCGAUACAUGUUGUUGAAGUACAAGAGAAAUCUACGGGCAGAACUGCUCACUACAAAUUAACAUCUACAGCCAUGCUCUGGUUACAGACCAACAAACAUGGUUCUGGAACUAUGAAUCUUGGUGGAAGUUUAACUAGACAGGUCGAACAGGAUGCAGCACUAAGCGAGACGUCGCCUCAUAUUGCAAACAUUGGUCGAAUGGUAGAGGAUAUGGAAAAUAAAAUUCGAAAUACGCUGAAUGAGAUAUAUUUUAGCAAAACAAAAGAUAUAGUGAACGGUUUAAGAUCUGUCCAAUUACUGGCAGAUCAAAGACAGCAGGCUGCACUUAAGCAAGAUUUAGCUGCGGCUUUGCAAAAACGGAAUGCAAACAAUUGAUCUAUCGAGCUGUACGAGGACUAUUACGAUUGUGAUUAGGAAAGAAAAACAUAAUAACAAGCUGCAAUGGCCAAUGUCGCGUCAAAUGUUAUCUUUUUUUGCAAUCUAAAAUUGUCAUCUCAAAGAUUCUAGAAGUUGAUUUAUUUGUUCUCAAACAUACAUAGAUCCUUUAUUUUUGUCACACAGUUGACUAACUUCGAACUAAUUGUUAUUAUUCCCUUUCGAUUUUUUUAAUACGCCAGCCAUUUCAUUUUAGUUUGCCACAUCAAUGCGAAUUAAUUUGAUAUUCAAUUUGCAAUUAUUAUUUAUUUUGAAGAAAAGAAGUGAUGUCAUAAAUGUGUAAAAUGAGAAAAUGUGUGCGUCUGCUACUUUGCUACCGUCUGCAAAGUGAAACGUCCUUAAAGUGUUUUGCGCGUCGUGCGUAACGUUAAUUCGAUAUAAAUUUUCUUGUAAUGUGAUCGAUUUGAGAAAGUGCAUUUUGGUCAGCUAGAGCGAUAAAUUAUAAUAAGAAUUGGUAAUCGAAUAAUUCGCAAAAUAUAAUCUCAAAGCCUGUUUCGCCGUGCAAUAAAUGAAUGAAAAAUCUGUAAGAUACUUAUUCAGCACUAGCUCACCAAAGCACACUUUCCGAAAAUCACACGAUCAUUCUACGAGAAAUUCCAAAAUUGAUUCAAAGUUUCACGAAAGAACAAGCUCAUAGAAACUGUUAAAUCGGUUACAUGACAAAAUCCUCAAAAUACCUUAAACACCUAUUUAAAAAUGAUGAAAUACGUUAUAUACCGCAAUGAAAGUUUAUUGCCUGAUGUUAAUGCGUGACAACGUAUUUGCGUGGCUUAUAGAUAUCGAUAAAGUCAAUGGUAAAUGAAA